AUAAUUUUCACCGUCGAGAUUUAAGAGCCUCAGUACUCAAAUUCUCUCCUCCAUUUUUUUUCGUAAGGGCACUUCCAAAAUGGGUUCUCUAAAUCUCUGCUAGUGAGGUUUCGCUUUUCAUUUCAAUCAAAAUCACUGUUCAAAAAAGUGCUCAGGCACAUAGAGCUAGUUUCAAAGUAUUUAAACAGAGCUAAAAAUGAGUACAGUAAGAGGAAGUUUGGGAAGAUUAGCGAUUGGUAAUAGUAGCAAUUGCAAUUAUCUUUACUCCGCAUUCUCAACGUUUUCUGGAGGCGGCAGAGGCAGAGGAGGAGGAGGAUUUGGUCCUCCAAAUCCUCAAUUGGGUGGUGCUGGAAAAUCAGAACCGCUUGAUGGUGAUAAUAAUGGUGGUGAUGAAUUCAACAGCGUUCCUUCUGGGUUGGGUCAUGGUAGAGGUAAACCUAUUAUCCCUGCGGCAAACUCACAAGUCCCCCCUACAUUUUCAUCAUGGAUACCUGGAGUAAAUCCACCAUCAGUUGGUCGUGGAAAACCUAUCCAACAACAAGCACCGCCACAAGAACAACUACAAUCAGCACAACCACGACCUAGAUUCUCGCAGCAGCAGCAGCAGCAACGACAAGCACCGCCACAAGAACCACUACAAUCAGCACAACCACUACCUAGAUUGUCGCAGCAGCAGCAACAACAAGCGCCACCUAAGUCUUCUUUGUCACAAGAUGAAUCUCAAUCAUUUCCACCAAUAAAACCAAUUAGUUUCACCCGACAAGAUUCAUCAGAGUUGAACCAAAAUGCCUUACCUGGUGCCGGAAGAGGAAAAACCAUUAAGAUGUCAGGGAAUGAAGAGAGACCACAAGAACAAAACCGACAUAUCCGACCUCCUCGUCAACCAGCUGGAGAUUCUAGAGAAGGAAAAUUUGAAUCACAACAAAGGCCUAAUCGUGCAAGCACUCCGAAGCUGAGCCAUGAAGAUGCAACUAAGAGAGCAGUUGAAAUUCUAUCUCGAGGCGGUGGAGGUGGUCCAGCUGGAAGUGAAGGUGGAAGAGGUUUUAGAGGAGGAAGGGGAGGACGAGGACGAGGAAGGGGGGGACGAGGAGGAAGAGGACGAGGAGGAUUUGGUGACGAAGAGGAGGAGGAUAUUGAUUCUGCCCUUGUUCUUGGUGACAAUGCUGAUGGCGAAAAAUUGGCUUCAAAACUUGGGCCAGAUAAGAUGAACCAAUUGGCUGAAGGAUUCGAAGAAAUUUGUACCAGAGUGUUACCAUCUCAGAUGGACGAGGCUUACAUGGAUGCACUUCACAGAAAUAAUCUUAUUGAGUUUGAACCAGAGUAUUUGAUGGGGGACUUUAAUUCAAACCCAGAUAUUGAUGAGAAGCCUUCUGUUCCUAUCCGUGAAAAAUUGGAGAAAGUGAAGCCUUUCCUGAUGGCUUAUGAGGGUAUACAGAGUCAAGAAGAGUGGGAGAAAAUUGUUGAAGAAACCAUGGAGAAAGUACCACAGAUGGAAAAGCUUAUUGAUAUGUACAGCGGGUCUGACGUAGUUACUGCAAAAGAACAAAAACAAGAGCUGGAAAGAAUUGCAGCCAUUCUCCCUGAAAAAGCGCCUUCAUCUGUAAAACGGUUCUCAAGCAAUGCUGCUCUUACACUUCAGAACAACCCAGGUUGGGGAUUUGAGAAGAAACGUCAGUUCAUGAAUAUGCUAGGGCGGGAGGUAUCUAAGAGUUGCAAGUAAGGCAUGAUCAGUGCGUAUAAAGAUGGAAGGAACCAUUUUCUUGACCUUCAGACAAGUCUGCCACCAAAUAUAUCGAGGAUUCAAGGAAGAAGCUUACCUAUUUCCUACGGUGCAUUCCACCCAAGCCGAAACUAGUGCCACAAGCGAAAAUCUGCAUACGUUUUUGGUUUUUACAAAGUUUAGAUGGUAACAAAGCAUGAGAUAUUUUUUAUUGAGAAACUGUUCUUUCUUUAGUUCCUCAACUUGUUAAACACAGGUUUCUAAUUUUAACUCACAGAUAAAAGCUCUUCUCAGCUUAGGCUCCGUUUACAACUCUUCCCUGUUAAAAUCCCAGGGUUUCAUAUCAAAUGAGAAAGCACAUUUUUCAGCAGUUGCAA